AUGUCAAAACAAGAACAAGAACAAGAAGAAGAAGUCAAAGUCUUAAUCUUAUACUCUAGUUUAUCAAACACAACUAAAUCAUUAUCAUUUCAACUUCAAAACUCAAUCAAUCUCACUUCAUCAACCACUUCCAAACCAAGAAUUCAUUCUUUACACGAUUUCGAUUUAGAUCAAAUCAUCUUAACUACUUCAAAUACUAUCAUUCUCUUUGCUUUACCUUCUUACAAUGUAGAAUCACCAGUAGAUUCAAUCUUGGCUCAAUUCAAAGAUUCACUUUAUGAUUUUAGAUUUUCGAAAGAUAGUUUAAACCAAAUUGCUUAUGGAGUGAUUGGAAUUGGACAUAUAGAUUAUGGACAAGAGUUUUGUAAACAAGCGAUCGAAUUGGAUUUUAUUUUGGAUUCUUUGGGGGCUAAGAGAGUGAUUGAGUUGGUUAAGAUUGAUGUUUCGGUGGAUCCUGAACUUCAAUUAGGUCAACUGGUAGAUCAAAUCAAUCAAAACUUUUCGAACAAAUCAUUUAAAUCGGUAUCUGAACUUGAAAUCAUUCCGAUCGAAGCUUUAUCAUUAAAGAACAGUGAAUUGAAUUUAAUUGAUGAUGAAGAGUAUGAUUCAGAUGAUGAUUAUGUAGAAUACGAUCAAGAUCGGAUUUCAAAACCUUUAUCGAAACUAGAACUAGCCAAACGGAAAUCAAAAGCUAAACAAAAGAAUCACUCAAGCGCCCAAAAAGAUGAUGGAGCAGAUAUAGAAGACUUAGGUGUUGGCAUACCUCAAUCUUCUACGGAUGAACUUUCAAUCCUACCUAAUCAUCAAGUCGUUACACAAGAUCUUCGGAAAGAGAUGAUCAGUCCGAUGACUCGGAAAAGUUUAACUAAACAAGGUUAUGCGAUUGUUGGAUCUCAUAGUGCAGUGAAAACUUGUAGAUGGACUAAAGCAAGUUUAAGAGGAAGAGGGUUUUGUUACAAACACACUUUUUAUGGAAUUCAAUCCCAUCGAUGUAUGGAAGCUACACCUUCAUUAGCAUGUGCCAAUAAAUGUACAUUUUGUUGGAGAGCUCAUACGAAUCCAGUAGGAACUUCAUGGCGUUGGAAGACAGAUGAUGCUGAGUUUGUAAUAGAAGAAAGUUUAAAAGAACAUGAUCGACUUAUUAAACAAUUGUUAGGAAUGCCGGGCGUUCGACCGGAUCGGUUCUUGGAAGCUAGAACUCCAAAACAUGCGGCUCUUAGUUUGGUAGGAGAACCAGUGAUGUAUCCACAUAUCAAGAAAUAUAUCGAGCUUUUGACUGAAAAAAGAAUUUCGACUUUCUUAGUAACCAAUGCACAAUUUCCAGAUUCAUUAAAAGAUUUACCACCUGUUACUCAAUUAUAUUUAUCAAUAGAUGCAGGUAACAAAAGUUCAUUGAAAUCGAUAGAUAGACCAUUACAUCGAGAUUUUUGGGAAAGGUUUUUGGAAUCGAUUGAGAUUGUUAAAGGUAUGAAGAAGACUAGGACGAUCUUUCGAUUGACAUUGGUUAAGGGAGAGAAUAGUGAAGAGAUAUUGGAUUAUGUUGAAUUGAUUAAACGUGGUCGACCUGAUUUUAUUGAAGUUAAAGGAGUUACGUAUUGUGGUUAUGCACCUUCAUCUAAUCUAACGAUUAAAAAUUCACCAUUUCAUGAAGAAGUCGUCAACUUUGUUCAAGCUUUGUGUUAUGAAUUAAAUUCUACUACAGAUGAUCCUAAUCUUCAAUACGAUCUUGCUUCAGAACAUGCUCAUUCUUGUUGUGUAUUAGCAGCUCAUCAAAAGUAUCGGAUUGAUGAUCAAUGGCAUACAUGGAUCGAUUAUGAACGCUUUUUUGAUUUGGUUGAAGAAGGAAAAGAGUUUGAUGGAACGGAUUAUAUGGCUCUUACACCUGAUUUCGCUGUCUUUGGUGCUCCUGAAGCUGGCUUUUCUCCUGAAGAUGUGAGAUGGUUUAGGAAAGGUAAAGGACCUAAAGAAUCUGAAGCUGAAGCACAAGAAGCAGAAGAAGAAGAAACGAUUGGGGGAAAAUAA